GRAAAUGUGACAAGUCGGAAAAUUAUUCAGGAAAAUUCAAUGAAAAUUUAAGAAAUGCCUCGAUAUGGAAUCUGACGAGCACAACCAAGAAUCUGAGAGGAAUGUCACAGUGGAAAAUUUGAACAUUGAAAUUUUGCCCAUUAUCUACGAGAUAAUACGCAGUGUGGAGAAAGACCACCACGACAAUACCGCCAAGACCAGAGAGUCACAAGACUGUUCCCAGAAAGUCUUAGAGUUGCAAAAACGUUUGGACCAAGCUAGAGCCGAGAUCCGAUUAUUGCCAGGGAUUGACUACAGCAAGGAGCAACAACUGAACCACUUGGAAGCCCUCAAAACCCAAUUGAAACUCAAACAGGAACUCCUCCGCAAAUACCGCUACAUGUAUUCAUUUGAAAUCUCCAAGUAG